GACGUCACUGCGGCAGCAGCAGCAAUCGCCCCGGGCCAGCGCUGGAUGGAGCGGGCGGUGCAGAGAGGAUAGAGCGCUUGCCUCCUAUUCCCCCCCCCCCCUCCUACACACAAAGACCCACACACACACUAGCCUACAGCCUGACACCCUCACACCCUCCGCAUCUCACACCCAAAACGCAGUGGAGAAACGCUGCACUCUGCAUACAUAAGAUGCCUCUGGGAGAGAUGGACAAAACAUGGAAAAAGAAGGAGGAAAUUAAAGUGGCGUAUGACUUCAAGGAAGUCCUGGGAACAGGCGCAUUCUCUGAAGUGGUGCUGGCGGAGGAGAAGAGGACCCAGAGGCUGGUUGCCAUAAAGUGUAUCCCCAAGAAGGCUUUGGAGGGUAAAGAGAACAGCAUCGAAAAUGAAAUCGCUGUCCUUAGGAAAAUUAAACAUCCAAACAUCGUGUCACUGGAAGAUAUUUACGAAAGUUCAACACAUCUCUACUUGGUGAUGCAGCUUGUGUCCGGUGGUGAGCUCUUUGACAGGAUUGUGGACAAAGGCUUCUACACCGAGAAAGACGCCAGCAUGUUGAUCCAGCAGAUCCUAGAUGCUGUCACCUACCUGCAUGAACUGGGUAUCGUGCACAGAGACCUGAAGCCAGAGAAUCUGCUCUACUACAGUGCUGACGAGGAUUCCAAAAUAAUGAUCAGCGAUUUUGGCCUGUCUAAAAUCGAGGGAACUGGGAGUGUGAUGUCAACAGCAUGCGGCACUCCAGGAUAUGUGGCUCCAGAGGUCCUGGCCCAGAAGCCUUACAGUAAAGCAGUCGACUGCUGGUCCAUAGGAGUCAUCUCCUACAUUUUAUUGUGUGGUUAUCCUCCAUUCUACGAUGAAAAUGAUGCAAAGCUCUUUGAGCAGAUUCUAAAGGCCGAAUAUGAAUUUGAUUCUCCAUACUGGGAUGACAUUUCUGACUCUGCCAAAGAUUUUAUUCAACAUCUAAUGGAGAAGGACCCGAAUAAACGUUACACAUGUGACCAAGCUUUGCAACAUCCCUGGAUUGCUGGUGAUACCGCCUUGGAUAAGAACAUCCAUGAGUCGGUCAGCGCACAAAUCAAGAAGAACUUUGCAAAGAGUAAAUGGAAGCAAGCUUUUAAUGCCACAGCCGUUAUACGUCACAUGAGGAAGCUGCACUUGGGCACCAGCCAAGAAGGGUCAGUGCAGAACACGCCAACCAGUCCGUGUGACAGGACACUUGUGCUACCAGGAGGGAAUUCCAAAGACGGUUCACCGUGUGAAGAAUUCCCACUUCCUUCCUCUCCACACUCUGCCGUACAAACGGAACAAAACCUGCUGACCGCCCAUUCUCACAGCUGCCAGUACAACCGAGUCUAAGUCCAGAUGGGGACCAUCGAUGUUCUGGUUGUUGAUGACGUAGUCAAGGCUCAGAGGCAAUUUAAAUGCAACACUCAUUCCAUUCUCAGUACAUGUUACCUGAGAGCCUUGCACUUGGGGGGGGCCUCCUUCUGAAUGCUCUUAACCCUUCCUGUUUGCCAGAAUGUCAAUCCAAUAGAACUCCUCCCACCUGUGAUAUGAUUACUGCUUCUGGGUGUGGGCAAGGUGAUUGCAGGAGUGAUGUUCAGUGGUGGUGACAAUUCGAUCAUAGGCUGUGUUUUAAAUUCCAUAUGUGGAAAAAUAAUUACAGAACAAGUUAAAAGUCAAAUAUCUGUGACAGCCUGAAAAUUGGGACAGGAAUCCUCAUAUUUUAAAUGUUUUAAAUUGAUUUUUUUUUAAAGUUUAAUAGAGAGCAUUGAUAAGAAGAAUUUCUCUUGCCUCACUGAAACCCAAAUGGGUUGCCUAAUCUUUUUCUUUACUUGUUUCGAUGAUUUAUUUGUCAAAGCUAAUCCCAUAGGUUUCUUAUGGUUGGUGACAUCUUAACGCUGCCAAUUCCUUGGAUCCUGUCCGUAAUUUUAAGAGAACAGCCCCAAGUAUCAUGGAAAUGUGUCACAUGAGUCUGACUGGAUAUCGAGGUUCUUUUGUGUAUGUGUAUAUAUUGUGUAAGAUAUGAUAAACUUUGUCAAAUGGUCUCUGAUCAGAUCCAGCGAAGCUCUUUCCAUGUUGGCCUCUGGAUUCCUGAAGCUUCUGAGUUUGCAGUUUGAUAAUGUGACCGUCACGUAUGAUCUUUCUUGAAGUGUCUGAGAUCAUUCUUAUCCAUUUUUAUGUUAAACCUUUAAUCCCUAAUAGUAGUUGGUUUAAAUAUCUUUGUGUUUGCUUGAAAUGUUUCAGAGCCUCUUCUGCGAGAGUUAGUGCUUGUCUGAUCAGUGGAUACUUUUACAAGAACAGUUUCUCAUCCUUUGACACGACAAGUGGCAUUUUAAGUUACUUAAAUUGUGCUGCUUUGGAAAUUAUUCAGACUUGCCAACCAGUGCCAUUUGUUUAAGUUAGUGAGUUUUAUUGAGUUGAAAGAUUAUAGACAGAAACAUAGUUGCUUUAAUUGGGCCUUUUGUACUUGCCUUUUUAUGGAUUAAUAGUAGAUUUCACCAUUUAAAACUGCUGAAAUAGUCAGAUUCACAUUAUGUUGCUUUUAUAUUUAAGAUGCUAAAUGGUUGGAGCUUCAGUGUUGAAUGCUAGAUAAGGUACCAACGAGAAAUGAUUGAUUGACUGCUGUAGAGACCGUAGAUUUUUAUUCGCACUUUGUAAAACAUGGAUGAAAGGGAGGUUUGCAUUCCUGACAGAAACGCCGUCAGAUCAGUUGUGCAUCUCAGUGGUGUUCAGACCAUUUAAAUCUGAGAUAUUUCAGUUCAGUUUAGUUUAUUGUCACGUGUACCGAGGUACAGUGAAAAGCUUUGAUAUUUGAUAUAUCCGCAAGGGAUAGACCACUCUUAAUGUCCGACGAGAUCUAGCUCUGGAAUAUUUUUUACACUACAUAGCAAGCUUUGGUUCUUGGCGAUGAAAUUGCACACUUAAGAAAUUUUAAAAUAUUAAGGGCUAAGUCAUUGAGUUAUGCAGAUUAAAACAAGUCUCCGCUUCCACCCCAGAAUAUGGGCCCCUCAUAAUGUGGACUAAUUGAGACCACGAUUUUCCUACCAUCAAAAAAGAUACAAAGUGCUGGAGUAACUCAGAGGGUCAGGCAGCAUCUCUGGAGAACGUGGGUAGGUGACGUUUUGGGACAGGUCCCUCCUUCAGACUUGACCAUGGUUUUUCCGACCAUGUUGGCUAGAACACAAUAGGAUCCCUUCAAUAGGGGAAAUCAGAAGCGGCUUAAGCAGUGGCCCUGAUUCCAAUUGAGCACACAUUUCCUUGCAAUGUCUUUUACUGAGAGUGCAGUAUAGCUACGGGGGAAGCUAUUGCUGUGGCUAUCAUUUCCGUUGCUUUUUGAUGUGUUGGAUUGUGCUUGCUUGCAAAUAAAUGAUCAGUAAGUCAAUUUCAAUGAUGGCAGCUCACACCACCAAGGGAUCUAGAACUGUAGAGGCUGUAGAGGCUGUAGAGGCUGCUGCCAUCUUGGCACUUUGGACCAGCUGCCACUUCUAAUACACGUUGGGUAAAAGGUGCUACUGCACUCGGGUCUGAACUGUAAAUCCUGGUGCUAAUUCUGUGCAAGUGCAGUGCUUUUAACUGGGUGAAUUAGAUUCUCAUGGCAAACUAGAAAAGACAUGGGUCAAACUCUCCCUAGCAGCAUCCACACCUCAAGGAUUACAGUUCAAGGAUUACAGUUCACUACCACCUUCCUAAGGGCAACUGGAUAUGAGGAAUUAAAUGUGUAGGAAGGAGCUGCAGAUGCUGGUUUAAACCAAAGAUACACACAAAAAGCUGGAGUAAUUCAACGGGUCAGACUGUACCUUUGGAGAAAAGGAAUAGGUGACGUUUCGGGUCUGACUGAUGAAGGGUCUCAACCUGAAAUGUCACAUAUUCCUUUUUCCAGAGAUGCUGUCUGACCUGUUGAGUAACUCCAGCUUUUUGGGUCUAUAAGGAAUUAAAUGUUGGCUGAUGUUGCAAAUCCCACAUCCCUUGAAUGGAUAUACAGA